UGAAGAUACACCUUGCAUACACAUAUUAUACAUGUACAGAAUAUUAUUAUUAAAUAUUAGCGAUAAAGUGGCAUCAUCGUUUUAAAUUAAAAUAAAUUCAUGUAUGGACUAAGUUGAAGUGAACAGGUUAAUAUUUGUUAUAUUUGUGUAUAAAUAUACUUAUCAUCGCCUAAAUAGAAAAUAAAUGUAUUUAAGUAGAAUUAAGCAAAUUGCUUCAGACUGUAAUUAAAUGGAUAAGAAUUGUAUCAAACGCUCCAUUGAUACCAACGAUGAUGACAACAACAAGAAAAUUAAAAUUGAUAUCAGUGGAAGCAAACUAAUAUGGAACUAUACAGAUAAUCCAAAUAUAAUACAAGCAAAAACAAUUGAUGAAUCCCUGCAAGAUGAAGCAAAUAAACAGAAAAGUGAAACUUCAACCAGCACCGAAUUCAGUGUCUACUCGGAUGAAAAAUUGCAAGUUGAUAAAGAUAUCAAGAAUUUGAACAACUCUGUUAAAGCUGACCGAUCAAAUGAAUGCGUUGUUUUUGCGCCAAACAUAAUGGAAUUUACAGAGUCUAAAGAUAAGGACAAUAAAAACAUAACGUCCAGUGCUACGACCAGUACUACUUCAUUAACAGACUUUAGUCAUAUAUCAUUGACGAACACUCCACAAAAAAUAACCAGAAAUGACAUAACUUCAUCAACCAUUAGCACCAGUGACACAAUAAAUAUAUCAUCAUUUCCAGGCUCAUCAUCCGAUGAAAUUGAAUUAGUUUUAAUACCCUCAUCACAAGAGUUAAGCAUUGCAAAUUUUCAAAAGAAAACCGAUAACAAUGGUAAAAAAAAUUUGCCCGCGAAUAUUAAUAUUAUACGACAGAGUGCUCCAUCGUAUAGUAGAAUUACUACUUUAAAUUCUAAUACCGGUGUUCAAUCCACACCAGGCUUGUGGAAUAGGGUAACAUUACAUUCUACUUUAAGAAAUCAACCUAUAAUGGUUGCGUCUAAGAAACUACCGCCCGAAGUCACCCAAACAACUGCUAAAGUUUCAAUAGGGAACACAACAAUUUCAGUACCUUUGCUAAAACCACUCAACUCCACCUCACUUAUAACGCCUAAUAUAACUCCUGAUAACCAGAAAAACACUCAGCCCCCUAACAUUGCACAACAGCAGCAACAACAAAAUACAAUAAAUGUCAACAAUUUUGUAAACGUUAAACGUGGACCUAAAAUAACGCAUCCAACUAUUGUGUCAUUAUCACAGCUGCAAAUUAAACCAGUAUCUACAGCUAAAAUAGUGCAAGCUAAAGUGUUAAGUAAAAAAGUGCCUAUUAUUAUACCUCAAACAUCACUAACAAUGCAAAACUCUGUACAAGCUACUCCAGGCGUUAUUACAAUAACUGCAACUAAACCCAAACAAAAUAUUGGCGAUGAUUCAACACAAAAUACUAUUACACCAAUAACGAUUUCUAGAGACAACGCAGCAUGUAUAAUGGUGGAAAAGAAGGACUUAAGUACAGAAACUUCAAUAGCUGAAAUAAUAAAAAAAAAUGAAUUUGGGGCUACAUUGGAGAGUAAUAGAAAAACUCUUCCAUUCAAAACUGUAGUCAAGGAAAAAUCAGUUAUGGAAGAAACAAACUUUUCAAAUAGAACAGAAGUGUCUUUAUCUGAAGAUAUUAAAAGGAAAAUAGUGAAUCGCAAUGAAGGUCUUUUAACAUUCUGCUCAGAAAUAAAACCAGCAAACCCAAAAGAGAUUUUAGUACAACAACAAUCAAAAACCCUAAAAUAUACUACUUAUACAAAUAUGCGAGCACCAGCUCAACAAUAUACAAAUAAAAUCGGAACAAACUCGACUGUAAUUCCAAGUUCGACAAUUGACUCCCAUACAAAUACUACGCUAACAAGUGAUAAUAUCGCAGCAAAAUUACAUACCACACCAUUAAUAAGUAUACCCAAAAAUAUAUCCUUAGUAAUAGCGAAAAGUAAUAUUACCCAGCAACAAAAGUCAAACAUUAGUAAUACUGUUACCUGUACAGAUGCCUUUAAGAAAAAACUUAAUGUAACCAAACCUGUAACAUUAACCGCAUUAACAACAACUCAACUAAAGACAACAUCACAAUCCGUAGAGAUAGCACAGAAUACAACUUCAGUUUCUCUAGCACUACAAUCAAAUAAUGUUAAAACUGUGGAUAGCGGCCUAGAAAGAAAAAAGUUGAAUUUAGAUACGGCUAAUAUAAAUCAAAAUCAAAAGCAGUAUAAAAGUACAUUAAAAACAUUUGAGGAGAAAAAAUUUGAUACCGAUAAAGCCAUAGAAACAAAAAACAUUUCUAUUGAAAGUACAGAGCUAUCUAAUAUAAUUGCUAAUAGUAAUGUUACAAAUACAACAGAAUUGGACAACAAUCAAAUAAUUGAUAAUACAUAUGAAACAAAAAGUUAUCAACAUAUGCAAGAAGGUGAACCAAACACAGUGCAAAUUUCAGUGCCUAAAUUAGAGGACUCACAAAACGUUCUACUUAAGCAAUUACUACAAAAUUCUAACGCAAUUCAAAAAACUGAUAUAACUUCAAAUUCUAAUGCGGCAUCAGUUUCAAAAGGCUCAACACUACUCUUGUGUAAUAACAUUCCAUCAGCACGCAAAGUGGGCAACGUACGUGCUCCAUGUUUAGGUUUAGUAAGUUCAUUAGAAGCCCAACUUGCUCGGCCAGUCAUACCUCCUGUGCCUGCUACAGCCGCAUCUCCAGUAAAUUAUCCGCAGCAGGUCGUGACAAAAACUGAAAACAACCCUGCUACGAAUCAAAACCAAGAUAUAAGCACGGAAGAAUCUGAUAUCAUUCAAAAUAAAGUUAAACUUAAAACAAGCAAUAUCAUUUCUAAAGAAACGUCUUUUGUAUCUAAUCCAAAUAUAUCUCACGAACUACCAGAAAACCUUUUUUCCGUACAAAUGACAGUACCAGAAUAUGAAUCUGAAUUAUCCAGCAAUCAUUCAGUUCCAAUACAAAGAUCAUUAUCAAAUAAUGAAAUAAGUCAAAAAGAAUUGCCGCCAAAUGUCAGUUUAGCUGUAUCAGAAAAUAAUCAAUCCCUGUCGAGCAUGAAUAAAGAAGUAAAAUGCAAAAACACUAGCUCUGUUAACAUUUCUAGCAUUAAAUCUACGGAUACUAAAAAUUUUGGAAAAGAUCAGAUACUAAAUAUCACUUCUACGGAACACAAUAUACCAAUUAAAACAACAAUUGUAAGUGAUCAGCGUACUUACAACAUACAACAAAUUACAAAUACAUCAGCACAAAAUUCUACAGUAAAUGUGAAUAAAUUAGAUAGUGCACCUAAGGAUGUUUCCAAUAAUAUAACUGUCUCUAAGACGAUUGAGCCACCUAAAACAAUUAACACAACGCAGUUAGUGAGCUCUGUAGCCACGAAUAACUUACUUAUACAAAAACAGAACACUAGACCUUCUCCAGUAGAAUGUAGCAAUAUUAUAAAACCUGAAAGUGGUUUUAUUGAUCUGGAAUUAAGAAAAAAAAGAAAACGAGAUUAUCAAAAGCAGCGUCGUCAACUCACAAAUAAUGCAAAUAAAAUAUUGGCACAAACUGCUGCGGAGCCUGCAACAACAGUACCAAAUGCACUUGCUGGUAAGAAACGACAAAGAAAAAUAUCUAAAAUGGAGGAAGAUCAUGAUAGUUAUGUUGAUAAUUUAAUGGGUCAUAUUCGUCAGAUGCAGCCACUCCAAGUGCUUGAACCAUUGCUCAAUCGAACUUAUGGUGCAUGCUCAUUGUAUGGUGCGUAUAGCAACUCGACACGUGGUACACGAAACAUAAAAGAGUACAAGGAACAAGCAAUGGAUUGUUCUGAUGAAUAUGGGAAAGCACUAAGAACUCAUGUAACAUCAUUAUACGAUGCAAAACGUUUUAGUGGUUCCGAAUCUAAUGAAGAUAAACAUUUACCAACAAUUCAGAAUGAUUUUUACGAUCAAGAGUUCUCACCACUCAUAUACAAAAAUGAUUAUGAGAAUUUUAUACGUUUUGUAACAAGCAUUAAUGAAAGAAAUAUUGAACCAAUAGAUAUAACUAAUGGUGAAAAUAAUAUCACACGUCUAAGAUAUUGUUCGGAAGAUAAGUGUACGGGUCGAUGUAAUUUGUUAUAUUCUUCACAUCCUGGAAUAUGUACAGUAAGCGAAAAAUUUAAUCAUUGUUUGGAUCGUAUGUCUCCUAUAAUACCUUUAGUUCAACCAACUUUAUUUAAAAAGAAAUCAGUAAACAUGAUUUUAAAGCAAACAUUAAAGAAAAUUGACAAGUCACAAGAAAAAAAAUGUGAAAACGAUACAUUUAUGAGAAAACAGGAAAAAGAAGUAAAAACAGGAAAAAAAAAUGUUAUUUUAUCAAUAUCAAUGGCAAAUGCAAAUCAUAUUUUACGAAUUUUGAAGGACCUGGCCAACAUUCUUAAUAUUACUCCUCCCACAAGUUAUAAAAUAAUUGACAAACCUCCAGAUGUUAAUAAUCAAGAAACAAUUUCUACUAAUGGAAAAUCAAAGUCAAAAUCUAUAAGCAUGCAAAAAAUAUUAAAUGGUUCUGUUAAAAUAUGCAGAUUUUGUGGAGAUAACAUUAAACGCUUUGGUGUACAAAAUCAACAAAAUAAAUUUAAUUCUAAAAAGUCUAUCAACUCGUCAAAGCAAAGUUCGAAAUUGAUAUUUUGUAAUAAAAUAUGCUAUGUUAAUUUCUUAGCAAGUGAAAAGAACCAGUCAACAGAAAACCCACAGAAAUUCAAACCAUUUAAAUUACCAAAAGCGUUAAAGUUUGAUAAUGAACCUGGUCCUGGUGCUGUAGAAACGUCUUGCAACUUAAAUCCGUUAUUAUCAGAGAGUAGUAUUAAUACAAAUGUACCAAACCAAAUAAAAUUUAAAUAUUAUAGCAAAAAUUGCUUUCAAAAUGAUGUGCAAAACAAUAGUAGCAGAGUGGAAAAGGGUGAAGAGCAAUUUGAAACAACUUCUUUAGCGAAAAGUAAUCUUUCUGCCUUAUUGAACAAAAAUAUUAAAAGCACAGCACCUGACACUCGACAAUGUGUUCUAUGUAGUCAAAGAGGUGAUGGCUGGCCCAAUGGUCCAUCCAGAUUGCUAAAUUUUGACGUCGAUAAAUGGGUACAUUUAAAUUGUGCUUUAUGGUCUAAUGGCGUUUACGAAACGCUAAGUGGUGGACUGAUGAAUUUUCCAUCUGCGUUGCAUAUAUCAUUUAAUCAAUAUUGUACAUCUUGCCAAAAAAUUGGAGCUACAAUUAAAUGUUUUAAAACAAGAUGCAAUGCAGUGUAUCAUCUUGCCUGCGCUAUUAAGGAACAAUGUGCCUUUUAUAAAAACAAAACUAUAAUCUGCCAGACACAUACUCUCCGCACGGAAAAAGAGAAUGAAAUAUCUUCGUUAAUUGUGCAUCGACGUGUGUUUAUAGACAGAGAUGAAGUACGUCAAAUGUCCAAUGUAAUGUAUCAUCAUGAUAGUAGCAACUUAUUGCGGAUAGGAAGUCUUACACUUUUGAAUAUGGGCCAACUUCUACCGCAUCAAUUGCAUUCAUUUCACACAGCAGAUUGUAUAUAUCCUAUUGGAUACAAAUCCAUUCGUAUUUAUUGGUCAAUGAAACACGUUAAUCAACGAUCCCGCUACGUAUGUUCUAUAGCUGAAGUCGCCGGUCGUCCAGAAUUUCGUAUUCAAAUAGAUGAUCCAUCGGAAAAGGAUGUUGAAUUCCGAGCUGAAACACCGAAAGCCGCUUGGAGACCAAUUUUAGAAUCCAUUGUAAGAAUGCGAAACGAGAACAAGUUAUUACAACUUUUUCCUCAGUUCAUAGCGGGUGAAGAUCUUUUUGGUCUCACAGAACCAUCGAUAGUGCGUAUUUUGGAAAGUUUGCCUGGUGUGGAAACGUUAACGGAGUAUCGGUUUAAAUAUGGUCGAAACCACUUAUUAGAACUACCAUUAGCCAUUAAUCCUUCUGGUGCUGCCCGUACUGAACAAAAGCAACGCCAGUUGCUCUGCUUACGAAAACCACAUACACAGCGUACAAGUACAGCUUUUCGUAUAACAAACAAUACACCUGUUGUUGUAGCUGGUGAAGUUGCAUGUCCUUAUAGUAAACAAUUUGUGCACUCUAAGAGUUCUCAAUAUAAAAAAAUGAAGCAAGAAUGGCGCUAUAAUGUGUAUUUGGCAAGAUCUAAAAUUCAGGGUCUAGGUUUAUAUGCAGCCCGAGAUAUAGAAAGACAUACUAUGAUAAUCGAAUACAUUGGGGAAGUUAUACGCACAGAAGUUUCCGAAAUAAGAGAAAAGCAAUACGAAGCAAAAAAUCGCGGCAUAUAUAUGUUUCGCUUAGAUGAAAAUAGAGUUGUAGAUGCUACUUUAUCAGGAGGCUUGGCUAGAUACAUAAAUCAUUCGUGCAAUCCAAACUGUGUCACUGAAAUAGUUGAAGUAGACCGCGAAGUGCGUAUAAUAAUAUUUGCUAAGCGUAGAAUAAGCAGAGGGGAAGAGCUUUCAUAUGAUUACAAAUUUGAUAUUGAGGACGAUGCUAAUAAAAUUCAAUGCAUGUGUGGAGCUUCUAAUUGUCAGAAAUGGAUGAAUUAAUAUUAUUAAUAUUGAAUAUCAUUAUUUUUUAAAUAUAUAUAUAUAUAUAUAGAGUUUAAUUGUAAGCAAUUAGUUAUAGGUAUUAAUAUG